AUGCCUCUCAUCAACGAAUCCCACGACUCACUACCAUACAUUGACGCAGCGCCGACUGCCGCGGCGCACGCGCGCGCACAGCAGCUCAUCAACGCAGAGCUAUCCCCCGAGCACGCUGCCACACUACACCCCUUGAUCCCAGAAGCAUCAGAACCCAAGUUCUCACCUUUAAUACAACAAGAACUUGAGCGCAAAGCUCAAGGAACACCCCUUACCGGCGGUAUCGACCUAUCCCGAUACGAAGCACCAGAGGGCCCGACCCGUACAUCAGACACCGAUGCGCCCGAUCUAGAUGAAUGGCGUCGCACCCUGCAAAAGGCUUAUGUAUCAAGUUUGCAUUUGUCCAAGCGCCACGAGAAUUUGGCGUUGCUGGAGCAGUACGGCAAGAACGCGUGGUUGGUCGGCAAUUCACAGCUUGAGGAGAUUCUGAGCUCUCUCGAGAAAGAGCUGGCUGAGGCAAAGGCGGCUGCUGAGGAGGUCAACAAGCAGAGGAAAAUUGCACAGGAGGCUAGCCAAGGCGAGCUGGUUAAUCUGGAGGAGACGUGGAAGCGUGGUGUUGGGGCCAUUCUUGAUGUUGAGCUCGCAUCGGAGGGGUUGCGCAUGCAGAUUCUUGAGCAUAGGCGACAGGCAGCUCAGCAGCAGGCUCGCUAG